AUGAUACGGUCGUCUAUUUUGGAGGAGUCUGGCGUUCCUGAUUCUAAUGAGCAAGAGAAGGUUGUGUCUAAUAUACAAGGAAAACAAAACACACCCUUUCUAGAUUUGAACACGCACCCUCCUGUUGAUGAAACAGCCCCUGUAGAUGACUCAUACCAUGCUGGUCAACCAAGUUAUCCGACGCAACAAGGGUAUCCGGAUUAUAGAUACGGGUGUGAAUACUCUUACGGAGGAGACAGUGGAUAUGGAGGAAACGGUGGAUACAGAGGAGACGGUGGAUACGGAGGAGACGGUGUAUACGGAGGAAACGGUGGAUACGGAGGAGACGGUGAAUACGGAGGAGACAGUGGAUAUGGUGGAUACAGUGGAUAA